UUCCAACACUUACGUUUCUUUUAACAAAAAAAAAAAAAAGUGUUGAGCACGAAGAAGUGAGAACCCUAAACCGCCGUAACCGUAACUGCACCUUGCUACUCCGGCCGCCUCAGACCCCAGCGUCCUGCCGGUCUGCUGGAGCUCGAUAUCUCAGUCUGUGCAUCUGCGCUUCGCAUCGUGCCGUUUGCAGUUUGUAAAGUUGAAAAAGAGAGGAAAAAAGAUAUGCAGAUUCGUGUGAAGUGCAAUUGUGAUGAAGGAAACUGCAAAGAAUGGGGUGUUAUUGAACUACAAGGAGUUGUUGAACCAAAACCUGGUUUUGAUGAAUCCCUCGCCGGCCUUCAAAUUGGCACUCUCUGUCGUCCUUCUUCUCAGGAAGUCUACACUUUAAUUAUUGGGUACCAUGAACUGACAGGGUCAAAGGUUCCCUUGAAGAAGCCAUUGUUGGUGCUUAAGAAAGUCAAGCAUAUGGAUGGAGAAAGUUGUGGUCAGGUGGAAUUACAGGUUGUUGGAAUCAUUAGACAUAAGAUUCUGUUCAAGACCAGACCAAAGGUCAUCAUUUCUAAACCACAGAUGACAUCUAGAGAAAAACAAAAGUCUAUCAUGUUAGACUCUGCUCCUUCAAAUCAAGCUGUGUGACAUUCACUGUCAUUCAAUGAUCUCAUGUUGGACCAGAAAUCUUGAGAAGUUCAAGGAGACACACAUGCCCCUUUUUUUCUACACUGCAAGCAAAAGUUAGGCAAUGUCUGUGUGUCAUUCAUACAUAUUUGUAAUCUUAGCAAUCACAUGUGGAGAACGAUUAAUGGCAAAAGUGGUUGUAAUUUGUGUCAUUAUCUUAAUAUCUGUUUUGGUGUAAAUGUGCAAAUAACAUGGAGUAUUAAGCUGUAUUAAACUAAUACUUAUCAGAAUUCCUAAUGCUAGUUGAAGAAGGAAAUUGUGUAGGGGGCUUGAUUUUCCUUAUA